GAACUUGCCAUCAGCUGACAGACAAAAACGAGACGUGAUUGCCAAAUCGUGGCUGAGUCUUCAAAUUUAGAGCGUUGGAUAAAGUCGACCCGACCCACUUGUGGAAACUCGUCACAUGUUUCUUCAUGAGUCAAAUCCAUCAUCAUAAACAGUCAACUCAACUCAACUCAACUCAACGAUUCAGCCGACGGGAUCUCUCUCUUUGUUUCAACUGACAUUUUCUACGCAAAACGGGCAUUUGACUCACUCGGAUCGCUUCCCACUCUCCUUUCAUGAUAUGCUACUUUGCUUUUCGCUAAAAUGACAUCGGCCACUACAUCCCCGGAUCCCGUUGCACCCAUACUCAAUCUCCCAAUUACUACCGAGAGUUCCGCAGACAGUACCACGAGCUCACGAUCGGACAAUCGCAGAAUCUCUUUCGCAGGAGAAGAUCCCCCAAGGAGACGGUCCGCGCAGUCCAGUGGUUCAGACAGCCAACCUCUUCCGGAGAGCACAAUCGUUAGCAGUGGUAGACAGACGCCAGUACUAGAUGGCCGAUUUCCCAAGAGAAUCUCAUCUCCGCCACCGCCCAGUACAUACCAGCGAGGCGUAUCCUUUGACACCUUCGAUAAUCGCGAUGCCACCGACGGCUCGUUUACCUUGAAGUACAAACACAAGAAUUACCAGGCUACACGACGAAGUCGCACAUUCCUAUGUGGAACCGAUCAGAAUGAUUAUUCCGAGUUUGCUCUUGAAUGGUUGAUUGAUGAAUUGGUCGAUGACGGCGAUGAGGUCAUAUGUCUAUGGGUGGUAGAGAAGGACUCUAAAAUAGCCAGUGAUGCAAGCAUGGAUGAGGGUCGGUACCGCAAGGAAGCCGAGAAGCUUCUCAGUCAGGUUAUUGCAAAGAACCAGCAUGAUGAGAAGGCGAUUAGCUUGGUGUUGGAGCUCGCAGUAGGGAAGGUCCAAGAUAUUAUUCAAAGAAUGAUUCGCAUUUAUGAACCGGCUGUGCUGAUCGUGGGCACACGGGGGCGCAGCCUCAGCGGUAUGCAAGGCUUGUUACCUGGCUCAGUUUCCAAAUACUGUCUUCAACAAUCACCCAUUCCAGUCGUUGUGGUGCGGCCAUCCACCAAGCGUGAGAAGAAAAAGAAGAAACGUCUCGCCGAUCCGACCCGUCGCAGUUACGGAAACAUAUUGCAGAUCAGCGAACAACAGGGCAGUGGCUUGUUCAAUAAACAAGUCAGCUCCGACACCAACGUGGCCAAACUCCCCGCCGACGAAGCCGCAGCUGUUGCAGAAGCUGUUGGACUUCCUCGCCACUUUCAACACGCACACACGGGCAGUGACUCGAGAUUAUCCACCACUAGUUCAACAGAAGAAGACAACAGCAAGGACGCUCUACGUUCAGACUCGCCUCAGCUAUCGCCAGAUAUUGAAGAUGAAAAUGCCGGACGAGUCCUCAAAAGCCCCGGCCUCGGCAAUCUUGACACGCCACCGGACAGUGAAGAUGAGAGCGAUACAGAAACAACACGCGGCCGAGAUCCGAGUUCAUCUGAUGUCGACGAAACUACACCGUCAGAUUUAUCAAUCACGGAGACGGAGGAGGAUAUCACUCCUCUUACAAGCAAAUUGCAAUUAGCAGACGCUUCAUGACGUUAACGCCUGUUUCUCCCUUUCGGGCCUUUUUUUCUUUUCUGUUACUUUAUUCUUCCACGAUGAUGAUAUGAUAUGCUACGAUACGAUAAGAGAAUAUAUUUCUUAGGCAAUCGAGUAUGAUAGCCGUGCACUCA